CGGCAUGCUCCGCGCCCGCUGGCGGCCGAGUGCAGAGGAGAGCAGUUUUCCCGGUGAGCAUCCUCGGCUCAGUUCAGCCGCUGUCCAGACCUGGGUCGGCUAGAGUGCCGCCUCCAGCAGUUUUCCUACCGCUCGACCGUCAGUCUGAACGCCCCCAGCCCUCCCGUGAGGGCGCCCCGGGACGGAAGGAUCCAGCAGCCUGUCGGCGCCCGCCGUUCUCGUGGUCGCCGUCGCCGUCGUCGUUGUGGUAGUCUCUGCCGUCGCCUGGGCCAUGGCCAAUUACAUCCACGUCCCGCCCGGCUCCCCCGAGGUCCCCAAGCUGAAUGUCACGGUUCAGGAUCAGGAGGAGCAGCGCUGCCGGGAGGGGGCCCUGAGCCUCCUGCAACACCUGCGGCCGCACUGGGACCCUCAGGAGGUGACCCUGCAGCUUUUCACAGAUGGAAUCACAAAUAAGCUUAUUGGCUGUUAUGUGGGCAACACAAUGGAGGACGUAGUCCUGGUACGAAUUUAUGGCAAUAAGACUGAGUUGUUAGUUGAUCGAGAGGAAGAAGUGAAGAGUUUCCGAGUGUUGCAGGCUCAUGGCUGUGCACCACAACUCUACUGUACCUUCAACAAUGGACUAUGCUAUGAAUUUAUACAGGGAGAAGCGUUGGAUCCAAAGCAUGUCUGCAACCCUGCCAUUUUCAGGCUAAUAGCACGUCAGCUUGCUAAAAUCCAUGCUAUUCAUGCACACAAUGGCUGGAUUCCCAAAUCUAAUCUGUGGCUAAAGAUGGGAAAAUAUUUCUCUCUCAUUCCUACAGGAUUUGUAGAUGAAGACAUCAAUAAAAGGUUCCUAAGUGAUAUCCCAAGCCCUCAGAUUCUUCAGGAAGAGAUGACUUGGAUGAAGGACAUUCUUUCCAACCUGGGCUCACCAGUUGUGCUUUGCCAUAAUGACCUAUUAUGUAAGAAUAUAAUCUACAAUGAGAAACAAGGUGAUGUACAGUUCAUUGAUUAUGAAUAUUCUGGAUACAACUACCUGGCAUAUGAUAUUGGAAAUCAUUUCAAUGAAUUUGCAGGUGUGAGUGAUGUAGACUAUAGUCUUUAUCCAAGUAGAGAACUACAGGGCCAGUGGCUGCGUUCUUACCUUGAAGCCUACAAAGAAUACAAGGGCUUUGGGACCGAAGUUACUGAAAAGGAAGUAGAAAUACUCUUCAUUCAAGUCAAUCAGUUUGCAUUGGCUUCUCAUUUCUUUUGGGGAUUGUGGGCUUUGAUUCAAGCCAAAUACUCCACUAUUGACUUUGAUUUCCUUGGGUAUGCAAUUGUUCGUUUUAACCAAUACUUUAAAAUGAAGCCUGAGGUUACUGCAUUAAAAGUGCCUGAGUAAAGAAGACAUUUAAUUAUUCUCAAGUGGCUGAACAAUAUGUGUGAAUCUUUUAAGAAAUUCCAAAAAGCCAAUAUUUGUUGAAAUUCUUUUAAUUUGGUUAUCUUGCUUCACAAAUUAUGCCUCUAAACAACUAGUUUAUUUUUUAAAUAGUCUGACUGAUGUCAAGAAAUAUACCUACUGCUCUCAGUAUAUGGUGGGUUAGCAGUUUGUUAAAUCAGCAAAAAGGUAUAAAUAUGUCAGUUUAAUUCUUUGAUAAUUUAAUCUAUGUUGUAUGUAAAUUAUUUAUUAUAAAUUUAACAUGAUUCUGUGAUUGCUUUUAUCCAUUUCAUCUGUUUGUUGAGUGUAAGCAAUGAAAAUUUUCCAGAGAAAUUUUUUUUAAGGUUUUACUUUAAUAAGAUUAAUUUUAGUAAACAUUUUGGAUGUUUAGUGUAACCCUUUUAUUCUGACACACUAAGUAAAAUGAAUCAUUUACUCUUGUAAUGCCAGACAUUGGUUUAGAUAACUUAGAAUAUUCAUAGAAAAAUAUCUGUUUAGGAGAGUGAAAUAAAUUCAUGGUCUGUGCUAGUGGUACAUCUUUUUGAAGUAUUGGAAAACUUUUUUUUUUUUUUUUUUGAGGGGGAACAUAUCUUAGAAUUACAUUCCCCUCUUCCUGCAUAGUCUGGCAGUAUAAAUAUUGAUAUUUACUGUAUAAUCCUGGAAUAGAUAUAUGAUGAUUUUAUGUUACCAAAAUCUGCAUUAAAUAAUGUUUUCAUAUAUAUAGUCAUUUUAAGUUACAGUUUGCUUUUAACAUUUUACUAUAUCAAAUAGUUUCUCACCAAAAGUUUUGUUUUACUUGUUAAGCUGUCUUGUCUGUUAUUACAUAGUAGCUAGUAGAACAAUUGCUAAUUUUUAAGACAAAAAUAGAAGCUUAUCAUACUUGGCAACAGAAAAUGUAUUUAGGUUAAUUCUUUUUUACCACUCCAGAUUCAUGCAUUACAUUUUGGUUUUAUAUUUUAGUUUGGUUCCAUGUCUUUAGAAUGAUAGCAGAUAAUUUCUUGAUAAUGAAAUAAUCUGAAAUUUCUUCUUCAGAGAAAUAAGUUGAGGUGGUUUAAAGAGUUAAAUAAGGAACAUUUAUAACAUCAAUCUUGUACAUUUAAACCUGAUACAACAAUGUGAAUUAAGCAAAAAUAUGCAUGGUAGGAGGGCUUUUGUUUUGAUUUCUUUUGAUUUUUUGUUUGUUUGGAAGUAAGAGGAUGACAGUUAUUAUUUGGAAGGAACUUAGAUCUUUGGAAUAGAUAAGCAGACUUCAAGUAUUGAAGACUGCUGUGUGGGUUGAGCAGUCAUGGUUAACGUUACUUAGAAAAUUAGUCUGACAAGCUUUGCACUUUGGUCACAUAAGUGCCCAUGUACAAAGUUGGCUUAAUGGAUCUGCAUAUUCAGAAUAUGCAACUACACAUUUAUCCUCUGAGAAAUCUUCUGGGGAAUCUGAUGUAUUAUUCCAAAUGACAUAUUCUCAGAUAAGUGCUUUAAAAUACUUGGAUUGUCUCAAGAUGUUUAAAGCUAGUAAAGUAAAUAGAAAUACAGGCCAUUUUAAAUGGUAAAUUCUAGUUACAUGAAUAGAGUCUUAAAAUCUGUAUCUAUAACUAAGAUUUGUUUUCUACCUCCCCAGUGUUACAAAUGUUCACUUCUCUUUUUAUAAACCAUAUUACUAUAGGAUCAGUAGAAUUUUACCUAAUUAAAUGAAAGGAACCAAUUAAACAGUAGCUUUUUAUUUAACUUUAGAGUGGACUUGAAAAAUUGUUUUUGGUGGAAUUUUCAUCUGUUGUUGGAACAUUUUCUUAGAACAACUAGGAAUAUGUAAUACCCUUGAUUUUUAUUUUCGCUUUCCAAUUCUUUAAGUGCAACAGUAUAUAUCUUUGGAGAACUGGAAGGAGAGAAGAUCAUUUUUCUACCCUACUCCAUAUUCUUCAAACUAUUUUGAAUAGAGAUUCACUGAGCCAUUGCUGGUAGAUUGUGCAUAGCUGCCUGCUGUGAUACUAUUGUAAGCAGUUCAGAGAGAUUCACAUAGAAGUAAAUGUACAGGGGAGUAAAGGCUCUCACUUCAGCCCUGGGUGUAAUGGAUCUUGGCAACAAAAUAAGAUAUUUAAGAUAUUUCCCCUACUCUUAGGCUAGAUUUUGGAUAUUAUGAUGCUCCCACUUCUGGUACAGGUUUUUGGGAUCAUGCUUCAGCCUAAUGACAGGAUUUGAAAUUGCUUGCCUUUUAUUGACUAUUUAAGAGAUUCUUAAGGGAAAACAUCUCUCUAAAAAUUGCCCUGUGGCUUGCUGAGAUGUCUUUUGCCUUUUUAUGUUAAGCUGAGAAACUUGAAUGCCUUACCUAAUAACUCAACUGGUAGUAAGCUCAUUUUGUAAAUGUGAAAAUGAUUGUUAGAGAAGUGGCAUUCAUGUCUACCCAUUGUUAGUCAAUAGACCAUAGUGGCCUGGAUGCUUUAACAAGCAAAAUUCCACAUUUUUUCUUCUUUAUUCCUUGCAUACUUGUGUAAUCUUACCUGACCAGUAAUUGUUUUUUUAUCCCUCCUAAAACCCCAUGCUACCACCACUUUUCUGGGAAUUAAAGAGAUGUGGUAGUAAAUUAACUGUUCACAUGAUCAUUUGAAAUCAAUAUGAGCACAAAACUCAUCAACUAGGUCUGCCUGGAAUGUAUAUAAAACAGUGUAAAUAAAAAUUUGUAAAUUAGUGUGAAUUGUAUCUUGCAUAUGAGAUUGUGUAUUGUUUUGCAGUUUCUUCCCUUUCGUAGACAUUUUUUCUGUAAGGGAAUGAUCCAGCUCUUUGGUUUUAGACUGGAAAUAGCCAACAGAUCUGGCUGCAUAGUGGGUAACAAGAGGAACUAGAAAUAGGGUUCAUCAAUCUUUGUUAAUGUCAGUACUUAUUUAUUUAGCCUCUCAGUGCCUAAUAUGACUUUUUUCACUCUUUGUUGGUCAUUAGUUUUUGGAGGUUAGAUUCCUGCAAGCAGCAAAUUAAUAUAGUGUUAGAACACCAUUCUUUGAGUCAUGAUUCUGAGCUAAAGCAAAUUAAAGUUUCAUGAUUGCAAACUGAAGUAUUAUCCUUUCCUAUUUUCAAGGUUGUUGACCUUUUUCUAUAAAAAACUUUGAAUUUUUAUAUAUCUCAAUGUGAAUUUUAAGUAUCAUAUAUACAGGAGAGAUGAUAAAUGAUAGCUCCUAGUUCAACUUAAAGCAUGUCUCCUUGGCUUCUCUAAGUAUAAAGCUGUUCAUUAUGAGGUUGUAAAAGACAGAAAAGACAGAAGUAAUCUUUUAAUGACUGCUAAUUCCAUUUUUGCUAAACUAAAAAUGUAUAUUUUAAUUUCAUAAAUAUGUUGUAAAAGUAUUCAGAUUUAAAGGAAAAUCCCCCCCUACACACACACACUCAGAAGUUAUAAACCUCCACCUUUACAAUUGUAUGGAUAUUUCUGUUUUAUGUUGCAUAAAGCCUUCUGUAUUGAAUUCCUUCAUAGUAUAAAUGAGAAAACUAUUAGUUUGACUUUCUGCUUUAAAUUGCUCUUAAUAAGCAUUUUAUACUUCAUUCCAAAGUGGUACAGACUUAAGCCUUUAAUAUUAGUCAGUCAUUCAGUUGAUAGACAAAGUUAACAGUGCUUUAUGUUAGGAGCAGAGUUUUGUUAUUGGCAACAACUUGCACUACUUUACGCAAAAGGCAAACAUUAGUGAUUAUUAUGCACAAAGGAAAAUGAAUUAUUAUAAGUAUGUGGUAAAGCAGCUUUAUCUUUAUUUCAAAAUUGAUUUUGCUUCCAUAGUUCAUUAGGGUUUAGAAUGUCUUUGGAAACUUAGUUACAUAUUAAGGCGAUCUGUUUUUUUUUUUUUUUUUUUUUUUAAGAAAGACAGUUAUAUGGAACCAACUUUUUUUCUGUUACAUACCACUUGUGUGAUUACAGUGUUAGGUCUUGAGACAGAAAGUGUAACAGUUAUUUUAAAUGAAUUUUCCCCAUCUUUGAAGCUUAGUUUGUAGAUGUAUUGCUAUAAAAGAAAAUGCUUGGUUUGCAUCACUUGAAUACUUGAAAACUGAAAUAAGAUGUAUUACAUAAUAGACUUUUCUGAACAGUUUUUACACUAAAAUUUUCCUUUCUGGGUCAUAAUUUGACCAAUUUCAAUUAUUUGAAUAGAAAAAAGAAUGAUAAUACUUACAGAAAAUACCCUUUUGAGUUUGAGGCAUUCAGAAUUCAAGUUUUCAGUAGGUUUCUGUCCUGAAAUCUCUUUCUCUUCUUUCCUAUACUUAAUGCACUUACUGUGCUACUGAUGUUACCAAACAGCAAGUUAAAAUAUGUGUUCAUUAUGUAUCCUAUGGCUUUUCUAGUUAUGAAAAAAUUACUCUGAAAAAUACUCUUAAUCCCUAAGAGUAUAAAUACCAUUGAUGGAAUAAACACCAUUAAUCAUUUUAACAAAAUACUUAUAAGGUGUUUAUACAAAUUGGAAACAUUACCUGUUAUAUUUGAAUGAGUGAUGGGUUAGAAAAGCCUGGCUGAUUUGAAUUGUUCCACUAAUUAAAUUUCAAAACUCAAAGGAACUUUGAGAUAGAUUGACUCCUGAUGGUAUCCGUGUAAGCUCCUGUAAACUGGAAAAGACCCCCCCUACACACACACCUCAAAAGCAGUGGAGGAAAUGCGAGUAUUUGCAUGGUUGUGGUGUGCCGCUACUUAAAUUAUGUAGUGACACACUGAAAUUUUUAUUGUUCAGUAACCUGAAGAAGUUUCCCGUUACUUAUGUUUACUAAGGUAACUAUAAAUUGGUGAAAUCUGCAAAGAGGAAGCUUUUAAACUCUACAGUAGUUAGGAGCCUUUGUGUAGCUGGAUGACAUUCCCAUAAUAUGAAAUAUUUGAAUUUUAAAAUGUACCAUUAUUUUAAGAAAGAAGACCCGGCAUUAUUCUGUAUUCUUAAAUGAUGAUGUCCAUAUCAGUUUAAGAAAGGAAAAACAAAAUGAAUAAUUGUCUUUUCAUUAGCUGUAUGUUGAAUUGGGAAAUUGUGGCAUAAAGGUUAAAUUUGUGUUUAUCAAAUGUGAACCAUAGUAGUUUAAUGCUGCUCUGUAUAUACUGUAAGUGCUACAGAUAGUCUCAGCACUGAAAAUGUAUUGAUACCUCUCAAAUGAAUGCGUUUGAUGUAGGUGUUUUGAUAUGCCUCAGAAAGUAUCUGAGUGUCUAAGAACUUGUUAAUUUGUUUGGUAAUGAAGAUACUUCCUGUCUUUUGUUGCAUAUUUUCAUGUUUAAAAUUUAAUUUUUACAUUUUCACUACUGUUAAUUUAAAUAAAAUUUGUUCUGUGGUUAAAAUGGGGUUUCCAGUGAAAAAAAUUAAUAACCUCGUUUCAAGUAACUGCUUAAAAAAUACAUUUUUGCUAUAUGUUCAUAAACUUUUAAUGAAUCUGUAUUUCUGUUUAAAUGUAAGUGAUGUUUAGGCUUUAUUUCUGUUUAAUAAGGCCUUUUACCAUUGAUUAAAUGAAGGAAUGUAUCUUUUUGAAGAGAUUUAUAUUCUGUAAAUAAAAAUUGGUUGUAACAAUAAAAUUGGGUUCUAACUGCUUGUA